UCAAACAGGACACACAAAAAAGAGAAGGAGCAAUAAAUAAAAGAAGCAAAACAAAAAACAAAAAAAAAACACAAGAGAGAUCACAAUAAAACACACAAAAAAAAUACCAAUUAAAAUGGCAAAGGCUAUUGUGCUCCUCUCUGCUCUUUGCAUUGUGGCCCUUGCCAACUUUGCACAUUGCCACCCUGAAGUUUUUGAUGUUGAAGGCAAGGUCUACUGUGACACAUGCCGUGUCCAAUUCGAGACAAAACUCAGCCAGAACAUCGAAGGCGCGACCGUCAAGUUGCAGUGCAGGAACAUCACCACUGAGACCGAGACAUUCUCGGUCGAGGGUGUGACCGACAAGGACGGAAAGUACAAAUUGACAGUGGAAGGGGACCACCAGGACGACAUUUGCGAGGUGACCGUGGUGAAGAGCCCAAGGGAAGACUGCAAAGAGGCUGUGUCUGGUUACGAAAAGGCAAGAAUUGAGUGCAGUGACAAUGUUGGCAUGCACAAUGCUGUGAGAUAUGCCAAUCCACUUUUCUUCAUGAAGGCUCAGGCUGUUGAAGGCUGCAAAGAAGUUCUUGAUGAGUUGGGUUUAUUCCCACUUGAAUUCUAAGUUGUUACUAAUGUUUUAGGUGGAAAAAAAUAAAUAGCUUUUGCCCUUUUUCUUGAUGGGAAAUAAUAAAUAAACAUAUGAGGAAAGAUGGAUUUUCUUAUGUAUUUGUACUCUCAUGGAAUGGAAAGUUCCAUGUAAUAUUGAAUGAGAAGAUCUUGAUCAUAUUUUAAGAAA